AAAUGAUGCUGAAACUAAAGGUUCAGAUGGAGUCUCCUCAUACACAUACCGGUGGUGAUGUUCUAUCCGGAAUCACCAUGAGGACUGACAUUGAGAAGUAUGGUAAACUUAUUGACGAAUAUAGUGAGUUUUUGCUGAGUAAAGAAACCAGAAGAGUAAUGUUUUAAAAAGAACUGUAAGAUUUUGCUAUUUUUAGUAUGGUG